AUAAACCUCCUCACUAUUCAAACCAAUCUCCAACACAUAAAACACAGUUACUUAUUCUCUUCCUUUUUCACAAGAAAAUAUCAUGAAUUUCCUCUCAUCUUUGGCUAAGAGCGCCGGCGGUCAAUCCGCCGACGAGCCUAAGAAAACCGCCGGUGAGGAAGCUUCAACUACUGACCUUUUUUCUAGUGCUAAAGUGUUAGCAGAAGCAGCUCAAAGUCAAUUCAACAAAGAUUCCGGCAAGAUCGAUAACAAAAAGGUGGCUGCUGCUGCUGCUGAUGUUCUUGACGCUGCACAGAAAUAUGGAAAGUUAGAUGAAACUCAAGGUGUUGGACAGUAUGUUGAAAAAGCUGAAACUUAUCUCCACGAGUACGGUUCUGCUAACCCAUCCACCACCACCGAUGCCGCCGCUGCAAAGGCUCCGGCAGCCGCACCAGAUACCGAAGAAACAAAGGCACCGGCACCGGCUCCGGCGGCAGCAGAUACUGAAGAAACAAAGGCACCGGCACCGGCUCCUGCGGCAGCAGAUACUGAAGAAACAAAGCCACCGGCACCGGCGGCAGUAGAUACUGAAGAAACAAAGCCGCCGGCACCGGCAGAUACCGAAGAACCACCGGCACCGGCACCAGUACCGGCACCGGCACCGGAAGAGAAGGGAGAAGGGUAUGGGCAAUACGUGAAAAUGGCCGAAGGAUUUCUGAAACCAGGAGAUGGUGAAUCGGCGAAAGCAUCUGAAGGAGGAUCAGAUUAUCUUAAGAUGGCCGGUGACUUCUUAGGCAAGAAGUGAUUAGUUUAAUCAGAUUUUUUUAAUAAUGGCUGUUAUUUUCCAAGUUUUUUUUCUUUCAUUUUCUUUGCCACUGUUCAGUGUUCAUUACCGGCGGCGAAUUUCUCCAGUCGCCGUCGCCGGAGCUGGUUUUUACUUGGCAUGUAUGUAAUUUGUGUGUGCUUUUUUUUUUUUUCCAGUAUGAUUUUUAGAGUGUAAUGGAAUUUGUGUUAUAUGGAUAAAGUGUGAUCUUUUAUGAUGUUA